GAGCCACAUUACUGAUACAUCAGUUCAACUCCCACAUUGAAGCUGAAAACAUCAAAUAACGUACACAUUUUCGAUACAAAACAUAGAUCUAAAUGGAAUCCCCAAACUACAUAUUGGCGAAUGACGAUCUACAAGAUAUUUGCGAAGCCUUCGAGCUCUAUGAUCCUGAGAAGACGGGAAGAAUAAGAGCAGACGAUUUGGGAGAAGUGAUGCGCACUCUCGGCCAGAACCACACCGAGUCGGAAAUCUACAGAUAUUCCGAGGGACUCGAGGGAGACAUCAACGGGUACAUACAACUGACUGACUUCAUCGAUUUGAUGACCAAAAUCUACAGCAUGAUGGGCAGCAGCGACUGUUUGAAGGCAGCAUAUAAUGCCUUCGAUUUUGAUAAGGACGGUUUGAUAAAAUAUGGCGAGCUUCGUCACGUUUUCAUCAAUCUUGGCGAAAAAAUAUCCGACGAAGAGUUCAGUGAAGUGUUCCGUCAGGCUGAUGUUGAUGGCGAUGGCGUUAUCAACUUCCGUGAUUUUUGUACUGCCUAUAAGUCCUGAAUAAUAACUUGGUUGGUAUUUGUAUGUACAUUUAAUAAAAUCGUUAGUCGGCUUCCCCUAUUCCCAA